UACGAGUACUCCAAUCUGGAUACAUAUGCUUGUGCAUAUGUGAUUUAUGACCCCAAGGGGGAUCUCAGCAGCCGAUAACAGAGUUCCAUGGAGCUGGUGGUCAAGUGCGCGUGCCGUCUCUCCGUUCAGUCAUUUCCGAGCUGUCGAGGCGACCGUUGCCCAAGAUGGAUGAAAUUUACUUACAGUUUCUGCUGUGCCAGUGCGUGCUGAAUCGGGCCGACUGGGGUCUGACCAUUGGCUGCAUCAAUGUGAUGUAUUCCUUCUUUCUGUUUAAUUUCUGGGGAGUGGAGCUAGUCAGGACCUUACACGACUAUCCCGUCAAGUGGAUGGUGCUGUACGGCUUCAAUAUCAUGUUCAAUAUUAUCACCAUGAUGCGUAUCGUGAAGCGGGAGAGUAUAUCGGUCUUCUACUGGCUCUGCGAGACGGCCGCCCUGCUCCUGUUCCGCCUCCACUUCACGUACGCCCAUGCGGAUUUCUUUUGGCUGACAGACAACCAAUUGUUCUUUGCCCUCAACGUAGGAGUGGAUGUUUACAUAUUCCUCUCGCUGCUGGUCAUGAUCUACGUGAUGUGGGGUCUGCAUUUGGAGCUGGCUCGACAGUUUCCCAAGGAGCAAAUGCGUAACGAUUACAAGUACGAUCCGGAGGCGGCUGCAGCAAAAAAAGCUGCUGAGGAGAAGAAGGAUAGACUGGAGAGGCAGAGGAAGCGCGAGCUGGAAAAGGAAAAGCAGCUGGAAAAGGAGAAAUUCAAUGAGGAGAUGGAGAUGGAGGAGGAGACAGUGUUCACGAAUGACUGUGGCCACAAGGAGGAACAGGCUUACGACCCAACCGCCCCAGAAGAGUCGAACCUCUAUUCUGACGCCAUCUCCGAGCACAGGGUGGAUCAUCUGUGUGCCCCAACCGCCCCUAACGAGAGCACACUCUUCAUGGAUGACGAUGAGUGCAGUAGUUUUAUUGAAAUAUUCUUCGGAGGAUAGAUAGUACGAGGUAGUAUUAUCAGGGCGAGGCUUCGCAGUGCGUAGGCGGGUUCCAUUUCCGAACUGGCAUAAACAAUCCAAAUGAAAGUAAAGAGCAUUCUCACUUGACCCGAAAACGAGUCUGGCCGCAACUUUGGUCAAAGUCGGCAACAAAACCCCAAACUAAAUAACAAACAAACAGAUGAAUGGAAGAGGAAAAACUUGACUUAACUUU